AUGGCGGUGGCUGCGUGGCUUCAGGCGUCUCCAGUCAUUUUCCUCCUUUUGGUGGCGCAGCCGUUCCCACGGUCGUCUUUCGGUGCGGGGCCGGCGUCCGUGUAUGCCGCAGACAGAUCCAAGUGGCACGUCCCGAUGCCGUCGGGAAAAAAUUAUUUUGGUUUUGGAAAGAUUCUUUUCAGAAAUACUACCAUCUUACUGAAAUUUGAUGGAGAGCCUUGUGAUCUGUCUUUGAAUAUAACCUGGUUUCUGAAAAGUGCUGAUUGCUACAAUGAAAUUUACAACUUCAAGACAGAUGAAGCAGAGACAUAUUUGGACAUGCUCAAGGAAAAAAAAGGCUUGUCUGGGAGAUACCAAACAUCAUCAAAAUUAUUUCAGAAUUGUAGUGAACUCUAUAAAGCACAGAGCUUUUCUGGGGAUCUUAUGCAUCGACUUCCUCUUUUAGGAGAAAAACAGGAGGCUAAGGAAAAUGGAACAAAUCUUACCUACACUGGAGACAAAAUUGCAAUGCAUGAACCAUUGCAGACUUGGCAAGAUGCACCAUACAUUUUUAUCGUGCAUGUUGGCCUUUCAUCCUCAAAGGAAUCACCAAAAGAAAAUGCACUAAGUAACCUUUUUACCAUGACCGUUGAAGUCAAGGGUCCCUAUGAAUACCUCACUCUUGAAGACUACCCACUGAUGAUUUUUUUCAUGGUGAUGUGUAUUGUGUAUGUCCUCUUUGGUGUUCUCUGGCUGGCGUGGUCUGCCUGCUACUGGAGAGAUCUCCUGAGAAUUCAGUUUUGGAUUGGUGCCGUCAUCUUUCUGGGAAUGUUUGAGAAAGCUGUGUUUUAUGCAGAAUUUCAGAAUAUCCGAUACAAAGGAGAAUCUGUCCGGGAUGCCUUGGUCCUUGCAGAGCUGCUCUCAGCAGUGAAACGCUCGCUGGCUCGAACCCUGGUCAUCAUAGUCAGUCUGGGAUAUGGCAUAGUCAAGCCUCGCCUUGGAGUCACUCUUCACAAGGUUGUGGUGGCAGGAGCGCUCUAUCUUUUGUUCUCUGGCAUGGAAGGGGUCCUCAGAGUUACAGGGUAUUUUUCUUACUCCUUGGCUCUGAUAGUAAGCCUGGCCCUCUCUGCAGUUGAUGCCUGUAUUAUUUUAUGGAUAUUCAUUAGCCUGACUCAAACAAUGAAGCUGUUAAAACUUCGGAGGAACAUUGUAAAGCUCUCUCUAUACCGACAUUUCACCAACACACUUAUCUUGGCAGUGGCAGCAUCUAUUGUGUUCAUCAUUUGGACAACCAUGAAGUUCAGAAUAGUGACUUGCCAGUCGGACUGGAGGGAGCUGUGGGUGGAUGAUGCCAUUUGGCGAUUACUCUUCUCCAUGAUCCUCUUUGUCAUCAUGAUUCUAUGGCGACCAUCAGCAAAUAACCAGAGGUUUGCCUUUUCACCAUUGUCAGAGGAAGAUGAAGAGGAUGAGCAGAAGGAACCAAUGCUGAAGGAGAGCUUUGAAGGAAUGAAAAUGAGAAGCACCAAGCAGGAACCGAAUGGAAAUAGUAAAGUAAACAAAACACAGGAAGAUGAUUUGAAGUGGGUAGAAGAAAAUGUUCCUUCUUCUGUGACUGAUGUAGCACUUCCGGCCUUGCUGGAUUCAGAUGAGGAACGAAUGAUCACGCACUUUGAAAGGUCAAAGAUGGAGUAAGCUAUGGGAAGCUGCUGUAGAAGAUGGCUCAUAUCAGGGAAGAGACCAACUUACGUGUCAGUCUCCUGCUGCUCCAUGGGAUUAAAGGAGGCAAAGGCAUCGUGCUCUGUUCCUUGAUCUUUGUGCAUGGAGCUGGGGAGAGAUGUCAGCCAAGAAGAACAGCAUACUGAAAACAUUCAUGGGAUGAGAAAAAUCUACAAGCUUCUUUACGUCAUUGACACCCUUUCCCUCCCAAACCCCAUCAUGGCUGUGUUUUCUACCUACAAGUUGUCCCUGAACUUUCUGUUCAGUUGUUUAAUCUGUCAAACUAGGAAGCUUAAAAUUUCUGAAAGGACUGUGUGUCAUCUACACCAUAAUUUGUCAUCUCUAGGAGCAACUGCCUGUGGUUUUAUUUAUUUAGGAAAGUUGUAUCGGUGAUGGGAGAAAUUGUCAUUUAUUUUUGAGUUUCCCAGGGAGUCACAGUUACAUCUUGCAGAAGUAGUUUGAGUAAAAUAGGCCCUUCGGAGUUAAGGAACCAUAGAUCUAUCAGUGACCAAAAGGGAGAGGGGGAAGAGAGAGAAAGUUACAUGUGAUUCAAAAUCAAGUGCAAUUUUGUUUACAAAUGGUGUAUAUUAAAGAUUUUUCUAUUUCAGAUGUGCUUUAAACAGAAAUAUUAGCGUAACUCUUCUGACAUCUGAUACUACGACACAUCCCAUUGCUGGCAAUGUGGUGCACACUCCAAGACUUUUAACUACCGUUUAGUCAGCCUCCAAGGGUGGCACUGCAGAGCCGCAGGCAGUGCUCAGUUUGCCUUAUGCCAUUCUUUGGGAUUGCACCAGAGGCCAAGAGGUCCUCUGUUGAAGGGCUGCGAUUGUUCACCCUGCAGGAGGGACUACCAUGCUUCGGAAGGGGAGCUCACAGAAAGGGAACGGGUCCCAUUGCUCUACAAGCAGCUAUUCUUGCAUGAAGUGGUGUGGAGGCCCUAGACUGCUGCUUUUUCUUUUCUUCCCUUUUUUUUAUUUUUAUUUUUUUAAAGAGUGACUGUUCUGGUAUCUGGUGUUGGCUUAGACACUGCUUGUAAGGAACAUCAUCACCAGGUGAUUGGAUUCACUUGAAGCACUGUAUUUCAGUUUUAGUGGCUUUAUCCUGUUUUACCUUCCCAAAAUUUUUGUUCUACAUAAAAAGUUCAUGCCACUUUUUAAUAUAAAAAUUUUAACAAAA